CAUCUACCAAGAUGCUUUUUGCUGUUAGUCUCCUCCUUCUGUGUGCCGGAAUCUCUGCUUCUGCAGAUUUUCAGUGUACAAUAAUCCCGGGAAAACUGAAGCAGAUUGAUGCCGGCGCUGGUGAAGUAUACGGAGUGAACGAUGCAGAUGACAUUUACCAUUGGGUAGACAAUAACUGGAAACAAGUUCCUGGAAAGCUCAUCCAUGUUUCUGUUGGACCUGCUGGAGUUUGGGGUGUGAACAAAGCCAACACCAUCUAUAAGUUGCAGGACAAUGAGUGGAUGUCUGUAUCAGGGCUCUUGAAGCAGGUAGAUGCUGGUGGUAAUAAGUUCUUGAGUGGAGUGAACGCCCAGGACAACAUCUACUGCUUGAAACAGAGUUGCACAAUUUCAAAAUCUUCUGCUGUAUCCUUCACCCCACUUGAAGGAUCACUGAAAUAUUACAGCUGUGGGCCAGUGGGCUGCUGGGGAGUGAACAGCGGCAACAACAUCUACUUCCGCCACAAUGUCAACCCAACUGCCUGCCAGGGAAACCAAUGGCAGCAGAUUGAAGGCAGUCUGGUGAUGAUAGAGGUUGGAACAGAUGGUUCUGUGUAUGGUGUCAACUCAGCCGGCAAUGUUUACAGAAGGGAAGGAAUCAGUUCCAAAACCCCAACCGGAUCAUCCUGGACCCAGCUGGACUUCUGCGCCACUUUCAAACACGUCACUUACGACAAUGGCUAUCUGUGGCUUAUCAACCCAACUGGUGACAUCUAUCGUUGUGCAGACAACGUAUAACUGAUUUGGCCAGAACACAAGACCAAGAAGAGCGAUCUAUA